AUGUUUCUGCAGAAAUAUAUCUUGCGCGGAAUUAUGAGACGCGGGGACAGUUCCAACGACGACGACACGGACACUGACACCGGAGAUGGAAACGUUUCGGACAGCGAAGAGUCCGCUGUCGCGGACAAGAAGUCCCAAUUUCUUGGAUUGCCGAUCUAUAAAUUGUCCUACAGAAGGCUGCCCAAGAAGUGCCUCAAGUUUUCCUUCCUCUCCCUCAAUGGCGCCAUUUUCGUGAGUCCUUUCCUUCUUCUCGCUUUUAUAAUAAUUAAUUUGUAUUUCCAGCUCGCCGGGAUUACGGCCGUUGUUAUCUCCAUCUGGAUGCUGGCCGACAGUAAAUUAAUGUCCAGGCUUAUCGGACAGAGGCUCUUUGUUACGGUCUUGCUGUUGGUGGGGAUCUUCUCAUCAGCAGUUGCUUUCGUGGGCAUCGUGGCGUUUGUUAAGAGGAGGAAAAAGUUCCUUAUUAUUUACAUAUUCUGUCACUCGGUGUCCCUCUGCGUGAUAUUUAUAUGCGCGGUAAUGAGCUUCUCCUUCUUCGAGAAGAUCACGAAGAAGGUCCGAGAAGACAUGACCAGCUCCAUCGUGAACUACCACCUGUUGGACUGGGUCACCGAAGCUUGGGACAACACUCAGAAAUACUUGCAGUGCUGUGGGAUCAAAUCGUACAAAGACUGGGCUGAGUACCGGAUGGCGAUCCCACAAAGUUGUUGUGCGGCGUCCCUGGAGCAGUGCCUGAACAUGACAGAAGAAGUGGCGUACAAGUCUGGGUGCCUGAAAGGUGCGGUGUUGUUGUUGAAGUCCCACAUCCACACGGUCGCGGUGUCCGUGCUGUUCCUGUCGAUAGGACUGGCGGCGGGUCUAUUUUUCGCUUUUGGGGUGCGGAAAAGAUUCAAGCUUUACCGGUCGACGGCUGAGUGACUGUGUGGCCCCUCCAGGGAGACCGAAGACGUUGUAAAACGUUUAUCCUUUUUUAUUAUCAUAUAUAGAUCAUAUAUUUUCUGAAAACACUUAAUAUACUGUACUUAAUGGUAAUAAUGUUUUAAGUUACUGGACAUACGCCGGUUGGAUCGUAAUUCCCCAUGCCGAGUGUGACCGCGGUCGUGUAGGAGUCUCGCUAGGGGAAAAGAAACGACCCUAAAGAUUAGAGACUGGGUUGCGUUUCGCACCAAGUACACCCUCGUGUAUGUCCUCUACUAGGAUUCGUUCCUUUUCCUCGCAGCAAGGAUCGACCGACCAGAGAGACGUUAGUAUUGACAUUUGACGAUCUGCCAGGCUGAUCGCGUUGCUCGGAAUUCCACGGGUGUUGUGGUUGUUAUCUCCAGGGUAUCGUAAUGAGUAAAGCUACUGGACAAACGUCUCCUGGUUCGUAAUUCCCCAUGCCAGGGUACCAUGGUCGCUAAGGAGUCUUCCUAGGGGAAAAGAAACGACCCGAACUGGGAUUAGGGACUCGGUUGCGUUUCGCACCAAGUACAACGACAUUUGCAUACCUAUCUCCACUACGACUAGGUUUCUUUUCCUCGUAGGAAGAUUCGACCAACCAGGAGACGUUAGUAUUGACAUAAGGAGUCUUCCUAGGGGAAA